CGAUCAUGAGGUUCGACUCUCCUCUUCGGCGAGGCUACGUCCUGCUGGCGGCCGCCAAUCAGGCGGGGACCUCGCGGUGCUGCCUGCUGCUGAGGAAGACCUGCGCGCUGGUGCUGAUGGCGCUGCUGCUGACCUCUCCGUACCUCGUGGUGGUGUGGCUGGAGCAGCGGGCCGAGGCCCACCUGACACUCGCCGGCAGGGGCUCCACGCACCUGCUGAUAGAGCCCGCGAGGAGCGGCCGAAACGUCUUCUUCGUGGAGACCUCCUGCGCGCUCACGGGGCCCCUCUUGGGGCGCGCCAGGGACAGCCCUGUCUUCACCCUCAACAACAGGCAGGCGUGCGCAGUGGAGUCCGCGGCACGCGCCUACCCCCAGCACGCCGUCUACGUGCUGCACACAUGCCCCGGCACCAGCCUGCAGGCGUGGAGCGACGCCAGCCGCCACGCCGUCGACUACCCCAACGUGCGGCUGGUGGAGCUGGACCCUCUGGGCUUCUUGCGCGGCACGCCUCUGGAGCGGUGGGCCUCGUCGGGCCAGCUGGAGACGUCCCUCUACCCCGUGGUGCACGCCAGCGACGUCUUCCGCGUGCUGGCGCUCUGGAAGUACGGCGGCCUCUACCUCGACCUCGACGUCAUUACCUUCAGGGACAUGGGAGGACUGGAGAACUUCAUGGCCAUGGAGAGGAACGACUCGCUGAACACCGCGGUGAUGCACAUGUCGCCGCGUGGACUGGGACACGAGCUGGCCAGUGAUCUGCUGGAACGGAUGGGCAGCGACUUCCGCGGGGACGCCUGGAGCUACAACGGGCCGGAGCUGGUCACCAAGACCCUGCUCGCCCGGUGCAACGUCAGCCAGCCGCUGGAGAUGAGGAAGGAGAAGUGCAGUGGCUUCACGGUGCUGGGCAUCCCCGCCUUCUACCCGCUGCCGUACGAGCAGUGGGAGUGGGUGUUCGAGGAGGCCCGCGCUCAGGACGUGUGGCGGGCGGUCGACGGCAGCUACGGCCUGCACAUGUGGAACAGCAUCAGCCACUCGCGCCAGGGCCCCGUCGGCACCGGGACCGCGCUGUCGCAGCUGGUGCAGCGCUACUGUCCCAGGGUGUUCAACUACAGUGCCAGGGUCCUCUGAUGCGCCAGCCUCGGCCGGGCCGCUGCUCCUACAGCUGUGCUCCGACCAACACCUCUCAGCAGCGACCGUCCUGCACACCAACAUCUACCACACAUCGCGCGACAUGGAGGACUGAUGCUUGACAGGAGAACGGAGCGGUUUAUAUCGGGUGGAAAUGCUGAAUUUUAUCAACCACGUGACACUGCUCACCCUGUGAAAUCAUCAAAACUUUAUAUUUUCUGGCCAGUGAGAAAUCUACUGAUGCAUUCACGUUAUUGAGAAAAAACAAGUCAAUUUUUAUCUGGCCGAAUUUGAAGCAGGAUUGCAUUAAUAUAAGGCGUGAUAGUGUCACCACGUGAUAGUUUCACCACGUGAUAGUCUCACCACGUGAUAGUGUCACCACGUGAUAGUCUCACCACGUGAUUUUCUCACCACAUGAUAGUGUCACCACGUGAUAGUCUCACCAUGUGAUAGUCUCACCACGUGAUAGUGUCACCACGUGAUAGUCUCACCACAUGAUAGUCUCACCACGUGAUAGUGUCACCACGUGAUAGUGUCACCACGGGAUAGUCUCACCACGUGAUAGUCUCACCAUGUGAUAUGUCACCAUGUGAUGAUCUCGCCACUUAGCACAGUGACCCUACUUGGCAAAUAAUAAUGCGAAAGCAUCCAUUUUGCAUGUCGCAAAUUAUUUUUUGUAGUCUGUUUUAUGCAGAAUUCAGUAGAAAGGGUUUUAAAGUACGUAGUUUUUAUCCAUAGUCAAGUUUAAUAUUGAUUUUUCUCCGUAUUUAAAUUAGUUGGAAUAUUGUUGGCUACCGAAAUUUUAAAAAAGAUGUAUAUUUUUUUAAGUUCUCCCAUCCCAUGAUGUUUCAGACACGUGAAUUAUUUUCUGCUAGUUUUAUGAUAUGUCUUCUGAUCCCAGUAAUCGAAAUGAGAAUACGUUAAAUUAUUUUAGGCUUGAAUUUUUUACAUUAUAGCAAAUUAAAUAACAAUAAAAUAAAUAAGAGUUUAAUUUCUAUUUAAUUAAAUUGUAAUCAGGAUCAGGUAGUGUUGAGUACUUAGCGGAACCAUUUGGCCGCAUAAAAUUUAAUAAUAUAUUUUGCAGCAACUACAUAAUUUUUGAUGUUAAUUAAAAAUGUGUCCCUUUCUUAAAAAUGUAAAUUUCUGUUAGGUAGAUUUUGAAGAAAUGCUACUUAUUAUAGCUGUUGCCAUGUUGCGACUUCCGGAAAACUUUUAUAUAGUUUUUCAGUUCAUGGUCUAUAGACCCCAAAACCAUCGUCAACUCAAAAGUUUAUACACACACAUACAUAAAAUCACAUAUUUUGGACACGGUAACUCCCAUAAUUUUUCACCAAUCUUUUUCAAACUGAUACAUAAAAUAUAGUAAUGUAAAAUCUCGGUCGAGUUCGUUAAUGGAGAAAAUCCAACAAAAGGGGUGGAAAUGGGGAAGGUUUAUUGAAAAAUAUAAAAAUCGCUAUAAAACUCACAUAACAAGACAAAUAUCACAUCCGUUUGAAAACACGUAACUCUAAUACCAAAAUCUUUUGUCUUAAUAAAUUUUUGAUACUACCAACCAUAUCUGAAAAGGGUGGAAAAAACAAGGGUUGGAGGUCCAUAUAAUUCAUAACUCCUUUCGUAGCCAUACCAUCGAGUCCGUUCAAAUUUUAUGUAAGAGGUUGAAAACACUAUUACAUUCGUUCUAAUUUAUUGUAAAACCCUAAAUUAUAUUAUAUACAACUUUAGUCUGAAAUAAUUUUUUGUACAACCAACAUUACUGCAAGAAGUGGGAUGAACACGGUUUGAAUGACAGAAAACCGCCACUACCUUAGUAGGCAUACUAUAAAAUCCGUUAACAUUGUUUGUGAACCCUAAAAAGAAUAUCUAAAUCUUUUGUCUGAAACCAUUUAUGAUACAACCAACAAUUGCUGCGAAGGGUGGAUAAAGACGGGUUGAAAUGUAUAGAAAAAUAAUAAUAACUCCUUUAGUAGGCACUCCAUCAAACCAGUACAAAUAGUUUGUAAAUUUUGUAAAUAUUUUCUAAAACUUUUGUCUGGAACAAUUUUUGAUGACACAACCCAUUAUUGCAAGGAGUUGAAAAAACAUGGAGUUCAAAUAAGAAAAUAAAUAAACCUUAUCUACUACAUGCACUAUAAAAUUAAUUAUUAUAUUUGUUUAACUUUCUUAAUAUUGUCUGAAACUUUUGUUAAAAUUAAUUUUUAUGUAACUAACCAUUACUGCAAGGGAUGGAAAUAACAAAGGUUGAAAGUAAUUUUAUUCUUUACUUUUUUACUACAUAAACUACCCGUUAUAAUUAAUUGUAUGUUCCUAAAAUUUAUUUAAAACUUUGGCUGAAACGAAUUUUGAUGUAACGAAUUAUUACCAUAUAACAGUAAUUGAAGUUUUUAAAAUUCAAAUUUUUUAGUAUAAAAUUCGUUUGAAUUUAUUUAAACCAUCUUAAUAUUAUCUUAAAUCUUGGGCAAAGAAAAAUUUUAUACGACUAUUUUAUUAGUGCAAAGGAUGAAAAAUAGUGUUUGAAGGUCAAAAAAUUACAUAACUACUUUAGUAGGCAUAAUAUGAAAAUGGUUCUAAGGUAUUCAAUGUUGUAUGCAUUGAGUUAAAAACAUUCUAAAUAUUUUCACUGCAUGUAAAAAGAAAA